AUGGCUUCCUCCUCUAUUCACUCAAACUUCACCUCUCCACGUUUCCUCUCUCCGAAACCCACAACCCUAAACCUCUCAAAACCCUCCACUUACACUCCCGUACGCUGCGGUCCACGCUCCAAACGCGGACCUCUUGUCAGAGGCCGCAUCUUAAGCACUGAAGCAAUCCUCGCCAUCCAAUCCCUCAAACGUGUCCACAACAACAAAUCAGACCCCACUAAAAACCUCCCAAACCUAACGCGCAUGAUUAAAUCAGACCUCCUUUCGAUCAUACGCGAGCUCCUACGUCAAGACUUGUGCUCCCUGGCCCUUCAAGUCCUCUCAACCCUCCGAUCAGAAUACCCGGACCAGAUUGACCUUAAUGUCUACGCUGACGUCAUCUUCGCACUGUCCAAGAAUAAAUUGUUCGACGACAUUGACCGGUUGGUCGGUGAUUUGGAGGAAGGGGAGAGGUGGGUUAAGUGGGGGAAUGAUAGGGGGUUGUUGAGGGUGAUUAGAGGGGUGGUUGAGGCCAGGAGGAAGGAAUCAACGGUUAGGAUUUGUGGGAUGUUGAGGAGGAGUGGGUGUGGGGACACUUGGACGGCUGAUGAGUAUGUGGUUAAGGUGUUGCGCAGAGGGCUAAAAGGGAUGGGCGAGGUGGAGUUGGCUAGUGAGGUUGAGACGGAAUUUGGAAAGGUUUGUAAGGGUAAUUUGGAGAAAUUGUUUGUGUAA